CACAGCAGACUGGCCCCUGCCACGCUGUACAGGGCAGGAGCUCAGACUGCCCUUCCUGUGGAUGGCUUGUAUCAUGGGUGUGUUUCAGGCCUUGCAACCCACUAGGCCCAUUCUCUCCUAAUCCCACAAACCUCUGUUCUGGCCAAGUCCUCACAAUUCAUGAGCCCAGCAACUGUGGGGAGCUCUGGAGUGUGCUGAAUGGGCCAGACCCCCCCGGCAGAGCAGCAUUGGGGGGGGGUGUUCUUUGCUGUGGGGGAUUCGUCUUCUAUCUGCCUGGGGGCUGCUGAGCAUGUUUAAACCACCUCCUCCAGAUCGUUGUGUUGGGGGGUUCAGACAGGACUGAUCCUGCCCUGAGCAGGGGCUAGACUAGAUGAGCCCUCCUGAGAGCCCUGCCAGCCCAGCUCUGCUAAGACUCUCCGAUCUGCAUGGGGUCCUACCCCAGCCUGCUGCAGACCCUGAAACUCCAUCAUGACUCCUUGUGCCCAUCCGAGCCUUCAGCUAGUGUCUGGCUGUGGAAAGGAGAAGGCCCCAAUUGGUGUUAAUGGUUUGGGGGCAGAAUCAGAUUGUGCUUGGACACCUGAGACCCAGUGAGAGGCAGGUGGGGAACCAGGAUGUGGCCUAGGGUCCCAACUGUUAUAUAUAGGGCCUGACACAAACUGCUUUGUGAUGUAGCUCCUGUGUCACUCCAUCGCCACGGAGACUAGGCAUGGGCAGGGAAUAAAUCCUAGCCCCUGGUCCUUGCUGGUCAGUCUCAGCGCAACCUGAGACUCAGGAGGGCUCAGACUCAGGAGAGGCUUUGCUUGUUCGAAAGAGCUAGAGUUAAGAGAUUAGAUCAAAUUAGAUUAGAUAGAUUAGAUACAGAAAUACUAGAGUAGAGAGAAGAUAAACCUUAGAUAGAUAGAGUAGAUAGAAUACGUAGAUUUUAGCGAUGAUAGGUAAGGAAGAGCUCGGGCCCCCAGGGCCUCGUGGUCUCAGCACUUGGCAGCUGGCUCCUAUCUCGCUCCCAUUUAUAACCAGCAACUCUGGCCGGGACGGCAGAAAGAGACGGCCGAGAGACUGCCCAGUGCAGCUGCCCCAGCUGCAGAUACAGGGAAAAUCUGGGAUGCAGCUGGCCCCACAGCCUCCUCCUGGCAGACCAGUGCUGGCCAACAGACCAGUCUGGGUGCGGGCCCCACUUCUGCUGCACCCACUGUGCCAACAGGAAGAGGAGGAAGACGUCAAGACCAGGGAUCUGCCCAAGGGCAAGAGUCAGCUGCUCCACCCUGAAACCCUCCGGCACAGACAGAAGCUGCCCAAAUUGGCUGUGCAGGGAAUGGGCCUGGACAAAAGUCCUCAGGGCAGUGUCAAGGUGGAGUCUCCAUGGAAAAGAGCCUUGGCCCAGAGGGACCCAGCACACUGCACAUCCCAGCAAGGCCUAGGAAGAUCAAGAGACUGGCCAGGUCCUGGACUGAAGCCCUUUGAGCCCCAAGAUCCCAUCCUCAAGAGGGCAGAGCCAACAAUAACCACUAAUAUGUCCGUGAGGGGAAUGGGCUUCAACAGUAGCCCACAGAGCAGGCUCAAAGUGGAGGCUCCACCAAAGAGAGCUGUGGCACAGAGGGACACAGCACCCUGCACACCUAAGCAGGGUCUGGGAAGACCGAGAGACUGGCCACGUCCUGGGCUGAAGCCCUUUCUGCCCCAAGUAAUACUUGCUGCCCCAGCCCCAACAACCUUCUGGUGGCCUGUACCCCCAUGUGCUGGGGCAGCACAUGUGCUGUGCAUGUCUGUGUGGGGGACAGCAGUGCAUGUACAUGCGUAUGUGUGCCUGCGAGCCUAUUCUGAUGACUACCAUGUGUGUGCAAGCAUGUGGGUCCAUGUCCCAUGUAUUGACUCCCUCAUCCUUCCCUGCAACAGGAUUUCAUCCUCGAGAGGGCAAGGCCAAGAACAACCCCUAAUAUGUCCAUCAAAGGAAUAGUAAGUCCGCCAGCCAGCCAUGCCCCUGGGGCUAGGGUGGACCGUAUUGAGGGACUGGGGGUGCCAGAGGUGGGGACCUGUGAGGCUUCGUGCCCUAGGGGGGUCCAGGGGCACGAAGGGCUCAGACCCUUUGUGUCCAGGGCAGGGCACAGGUGCGGUGACUGCCCCCUCUCACCUGAUCCAUCUUAGAGGCUGUCAUAAAAGCCUGCACAGCCAGCAGAAGACAUGGGCACAUGACCUGGCAGCAUUGUGACACGGCAAACCUGAAGGAGUUGGUGUAAGCUUGGUAUCAGAAAUAAACUUAUGUCAUUA